ACUCACCAGUUUGUCCAUCCCUAUAGAGAUGAGCAAAAUUGCAAUUUUCCGUGUUAAAAUUCGCAGCAGAAAAGCCACAAAUAAUCAGCAACAAAGCGAUAUAAAUGGAAGAUAUAACCACGAUUUGAUUUAAAUAAAACGCGGGGAUCGGAAAACAUUAUAAACCCGCCGAGGAAAGGGUCGCCAGGGCGAGGAAAAUCGCUCAUCUCUAUUACAAAUACGAAAAUGAAAUUGCGUGCAUUCUAAAUGCCACAUGGGAACCAUGACCAAGGACUACGACUAUCUGCUGAAAGUUCUGUUGGUGGGCGACAGCGAUGUGGGAAAGCACGAGAUCCUCUCAAACCUGGAGGAUCCAUCCACGGAAAGUCCCUUCUGCAGCGUGAACGACUGCACAUCUCAUAUCCUUCAAACGGUAGCCUACAAGACAACCACAAUCCUACUGGAAGGCAAGCGGGUGAAGCUGCAGUUGUGGGACACCUCCGGCCAGGGACGCUUUUGCACGAUCAUCCGUUCCUAUUCGCGAGGCGCCCAGGGCAUCAUACUUGUCUACGACAUCACCAACAAGUGGAGCUUCGAUGGCAUCGAUCGUUGGCUCAAAGAGGUCGACGAGCACGCUCCUGGCAUCCCAAAAGUGCUUGUGGGAAAUCGCCUGCAUUUGGCCUUCAAGCGACAGGUGGCGGCCAAACAGGCCGAGACCUACGCGAGCCGCAACAAUAUGUCCUGCUUCGAGAUAUCGCCUCUCUGCGACUUCAACAUCCGCGAGUCCUUUUGUGAAUUGGCACGGAUGGCGUUGCACCGCAACGGCAUGGAGCACAUUUGGCGCAGCAAUAAAGUGCUGUCGCUUCAGGAGCUGUGCUGCAGGACGAUUGUGCGAAGGACGAGCGUGUAUGCGAUCGAUUCGCUGCCGCUGCCGCCGUCGGUGAAGUCGACGCUCAAGUCAUACGCGCUGACCACCUCGCAGUGCUUUAAUUCGCUGACCCAGAGCUCCAAGAGCAAGAACCGCUGCAAGACACCGACGAGCGGCAGCCGGAAUAGCUGUGCGAUCGCGUGAUCGUUGCCUUGUAGGCCGCCGACCAACGGCCUACGCCGCCGCCGCCACGCCCCCCAACCGACAUUAACUAUAAUUGAGCUCUACUUAUGUACGCUAGGCUAACACACACACACACACACCCCAACACACACACACACAGACUCACCCAAUCAUUCACGCAUUGAGAACAUCCCCCUUCUUCUUUGGUUAUUUUUUUAUCCUUAUCUUAUUUUUGUUUGAUCGACAUUGAUAGUUUGUGGCCAACAAUGUUUACUUUUUACACAGUAAAUCUUACAUUUAUUUAAUUAUUAAUCCAUCCCCCCCCAGACAUCCUUGACCCAUUUUCCCUCCUCCUUCUACUUUCUUUUUGCAUUACUCUAAUGUUGUUAAUAUUAUUAUGUUUGUAUAAUUCUAAUAUUUAAAGCAUCAAACACACAUCAUCAAAACGUAAAAUAACAAAACGACAAAAAAACAAAAGGAAAAAAAUCAACAGCAAGUGAAAAAAAUCAAUUUUUAUAUGGAUAAAAAUAAUAAUUUUUUUUGUUUGUUUACCAUCGGAUUAAAAAUAUUCUUAGAGAUGUAUUGUAAUUGAAGCGAAUUCCGCAAGAGAAGCACACACAAAGGCGAAUUGAUAAAGAUAAUUCAUAAUGAAA